AUGGCAGCCGGGUUAGCGAUGACAAGUGAGCACAGGCAUUACAAUGGCAAGUUGACUCUGCUUGUGGUGUUAUCUUGCAUGAUUGCUGCCAUGGGAGGUAUCAUUUUCGGCUAUGAUAUUGGAAUUUCAGGUGGAGUGACUUCAAUGGAACCAUUUCUGAAGAAAUUCUUCCCAGAGGUUUACACAAAGAUGAAACAAGACGCAAAAGUCAGCAACUACUGCAAAUUUGAUAGCCCUCUUUUAACCACGUUUACAUCCUCUCUCUACAUAGCUGGCCUUGUAGCUUCCUUCUUUGCCUCUUCUGUCACCGGAGCAUUUGGCCGCAAGCCUUCAAUCCUGGUAGCUGGUGCCUCAUUCCUUGCUGGUUCAGCUCUAGGUGGCGCAGCUGUUAACUUGUUCAUGCUAAUAACUGGUCGCAUCUUGCUUGGUAUUGGAGUUGGCUUUGGAAAUCAGGCAGUCCCACUUUAUCUCUCAGAAAUGGCACCACCAACAUUCCGAGGAGCAAUCAACAUUGGCUUCCAACUAUGUGUUGGCAUUGGAGUACUGUCAGCUAACCUCAUCAACUUUGGCACCGAAAAGAUCAAAAGCGGCUGGGGCUGGCGAAUCUCCCUAGCCAUGGCAGCAGUUCCAGCUUCAUUACUUACACUAGGUGCUCUUUUUCUACCAGAAACACCAAACAGCUUAAUCCAACGCACAAAUGACCACCAAAGAGCCAAGCUGUUGCUACAACGUACACGAGGAAUGGAGGAUGUGGAAGCAGAACUGGAUGAUCUCAUCGAAGCAAGUAACAGGUCGAAAACAAUCGAUCACCCUUUCAGGAAAAUUGUACAAAGGAAGUAUAGGCCUCAACUAGUUAUGGCAGUAGCUAUGCCAUUCUUUACACAGCUGACUGGAAUAAAUGUCAUCUCUUUUUAUGCUCCGAUCCUUUUUCGGACAAUUGGUCUAAGUGAAAGCAUGUCACUAUUGUGUGCGGUCAUUAGCACAGGAGUGGUGGGAACGGCAGCAACAUUCAUAUCAAUGCUUAUGGUGGACAAACUAGGACGAAGAGCUUUGUUCCAAAUAGGAGGUAUUCAAAUGUUUGUGUCCCAAAUCAUUGUAGGCUGCAUUAUGGCAGCUAAGCUUGGUGAUGUUGGUGGCUUGAGCAAAGUACAUGCAUAUUUGGUACUGUUCUUCGUGUGCAUAUAUGUAGCCGGGUUUGCGUGGUCUUGGGGACCCCUAGGAUGGUUGAUUCCGAGUGAGAUUUUUCCGUUGGAGAUACGAUCAGCUGGACAAAGUAUUACAGUGGCGGUAAACUUUCUGUUCACUUUUGCUAUUGCUCAGACAUUUCUUCCUAUGCUCUGCUGCUUCAAGUCUGGUAUGUUCUUCUUCUUUGGAGGAUGGGUGAUGGUAAUGACUGCAUUUGUGUACUUCUUGUUGCCUGAGACUACGAAUAUUCCUAUUGAGAAAAUGGAUGAAGUUUGGAAAGAGCAUUGGUUUUGGAAGAGGAUUCUGGGUGAAGGGAGCAAGGACAUCCAGCUGUAAAUACUAAAGGUAAGAAGUUUGAUACUAUGGGUUCUCGGUGUAAUAUAUUGAACCUUGUACUGUUAUUGGUUUUGACAUGUUUUCUAGCAAGUAAAUGAGGAUGAAAACAACAGUUACCCUAUAGACACACCCCCACCUCCCCUAAUGGAUCAUUUUCAUUUGUCAACCGCAUAGCUACAUUUCUUCAAUCCGAUAUAGAACUGUCAGCUUGUACAAAUUGCACUAAGACCGCAAGACAACACAUUAACUCGAUACAAACUCACUAAAAACCAAAAUAAAAGUCUCUUCCUAGUUCAUU